AUGGAGGCAAUCACAAACAAAGUACAGAACCUUAUGGGCAACGUCAGCGGGGCGGCUGCUGGAGCAUACAGCGGAAAGACCGCUCUUCUGCUCGGUGCUGGUUUCGUUACACGCCCAACUGUUGACGUUCUCGCGAAGUCCGGCGUCAAGGUCACAGUAGCAUGCCGUACCCUCCAGAAGGCUCAGGACCUGGCUAAGGGCAUUCCCAACACCAACGCCAUCAGCCUCGACGUCAACGAUGCCGACGCUCUCGACGCCGAAGUCGCCAAGGUCGACGUCGUCAUCUCCCUUAUCCCCUACACAUACCACGCAACGGUCAUCAAGUCAGCGAUCCGCAAGAAGAAGAACGUGGUCACAACCUCAUACGUCUCGCCCGCGAUGAUGGAGCUCGACGCCCAAGCCAAGGAGGCCGGCAUCACCGUCAUGAACGAGAUCGGUGUCGACCCCGGUGUUGACCAUCUCUCCGCCGUCCUCACCAUCGACGAGGUGCACAAGGCCGGUGGCAAGAUUCUAUCCUUCAAGUCAUACUGCGGUGGUCUCCCCGCACCAGAGUGCUCAGACAACCCGCUCGGCUACAAGUUCUCCUGGUCGUCGCGCGGUGUACUCCUCGCGCUCCGAAACCAGGCUGCCUUCUACCAAGACGGCAAGGUCAAGUCGGUCGAGGGCCCCGAGCUCAUGGCCGAAGCAAAGCCGUACUUCAUCUACCCCGGCUACGCCUUCGUCGCAUACCCCAACCGCGACUCCACACCCUACAAGGAGCGCUAUAACAUCCCCGAGUGCCAGACCAUCAUCCGCGGUACCCUGCGCUACCAAGGUUUCCCCGAGUACAUCAAGUGCCUGGUCGACAUUGGCUUCCUGUCCGAAGACCCCAAGGACUUCCUCAAGAAAGGCGAGAAGCGCACCUGGCGCGACGCAACCGCCAAGAUCAUUGGCGCCAGCAGCGACAAGGACGAGGACCUCAUCUGGGCCAUUUCCUCGCGGACAAAGUUCGCCAGCACAGAGGAGAAGGACCGCAUCAUCACUGGUCUCCGCUGGAUCGGGCUUAUCUCCGAUGAGCAGAUUGAGGCUCGCGGCAACCCGCUUGAUACUCUCUGCGCUACCCUGGAGAAGAAGAUGCAGUACGAGAACGAUGAGCGUGAUAUGGUUAUGCUGCAGCACAGGUUCGAGAUUGAGAACAAGGACGGUAGCAAGGCUGUUCGUACUUGCACGCUGGCUGACUACGGUGACCCCAAGGGUUACUCUGCCAUGGCUAAGCUUGUUGGUGUUCCUUGUGCGGUUGCUGUGCAGCAGGUGCUUGAUGGUACGCUGAGCGAGAAGGGUAUCCUUGCUCCUAUGAGCCCGGAGAUCUGCCGCCCGUUGAUGAAGACGCUUGAGGACCAGUAUGGUGUUGUGUUUAAGGAGAAGACUGUGCCUAUGUAA